AUGCCAUCUCAGAAGCGACUAGUGGCCAAGGGCCGCCGUCGGCGCCAGGCCAUUCAGCUGAAGGACUUCCUGCGCUGCGAUGAAGAGCAGCCCCAGAGCACCAUUCAGUCGCCAUGUCCUUCUGAAUCUCAACCUAAUUCUCAAUCUAAUACUCAGUCCCAGAAGCAGAGCCAUAAAUCUCCGAAGGCCGACAACAGCUCCAUAGGCCUCAUUCCUUCAAACGGCCUUGCCGUAAGCGAUGUGUCUCCCAUUUUGACACCCACCGAUCAGGAGAACCCAUCUCCAACCAUAUCGCCAUCGCUAAGUGCCGCUCCAAUUUCGAAUGCCUGGCAAUUGGCUGCGGAAAUCGUGCAGCCAGAUAGCAACUCUAGUCUGGAUACCGAGGAGUUUCCCGAUUUGGGCAGGCGCUUUAAGCGAGCUAAACAGGCCACGCCACCACCGCUGGCCAAUCCGGAGCACAAUGAGCCCAAGGUAUCGUCAAAUUCUCGUCUCCGUCUGCUUGUUCGUGGACGUCGCAGUCGCGCCAUCAAACCGCCGCAACUGGGCCACUUUCUGCCCGAAUCGGUGCUUCCCAAGCCAGACAGUAGCAGCAGCAACAACAACAACAAUAACAAGCAGCAAAUGGUGGCCAACUGGCUGGAUUCAGUGCGUCCCGGUGACAGUCAACAGGGGGCGGAGGGGGGCAAUGAUCAACUAAAGAGUUCUUCGCCCAAGAAGAUUAUCGCUUUGAAAAAGGAGCAGGAGCAGAAAGGUGCUGCUUCCCAGGAACGGAAGAAAACGCAGGAUAAGCAGCAGCAGACAAGCCCUGUCAGAAACUUACAGCAGAACCAAAAAAGUCCUGUAAUUGCUUUAGAAAAGCAGCAGCAGCAGCAGCAGCCAAAGAUCCCAGCAAAUCCUCUACAGCAGCAGCCCAAGAUUCCAAACAAUCUCCACCAGCAGCAGCAUCAGCAGCAGCAGCAGCAGCAGCAGCAAAAGAGUCUUUUGAUUGCUUUAGAAAAGAAGCAGCAGCAGCAGACAAAGAUCCCAGCAAAUCCUCUACAGCAGCAGCCCAAGAUUCCAAACAAUCUCCACCAGCAGCAGCAGAAGCAGCAGCAGCAGCAGCAAAAGAGUCCUUUAAUUGCUUUAGAAAAGAAGCAGCAGCAGCAGCCAAAGAUCCCAGCAAAUCCUCUACAGCAGCAGCCCAAGAUUCCAAACAAUCUCCACCAGCAGCAGCAGCAGCAGAAGCAGCAGCACCAGCAGCACCAGCAGCAAAAGAGUCCUUUGAUUGCUUUAGAAAAGAAGCAGCAGCAGCAGCCCAAGAUUCCAGACAAUCUCCAAAAGCAGCAGCAGCCAAAGAGUUCUGACAAUUCUCUGCAGCCCAAGCAGCCUGACCAUCCAAGCCCCAGUUGCUCGCACAGCCAGCAGACUCCACCGCGAGCUCAUGCUCAUGAAGUCGACGAUGUGGUGCCGCCCACACCAAAUGUUCCCAGUCAAAGCCGCAGAUUUCCGCGUCGCUACGACAACAAGGAGCGCAGUCCGCGCUCGAGGAACCAGAACUUGGAGCGCUCCUCGUCAGAGGCAUCGCCGCGUCGUCAGUUGGCCAUGCGCAGCGUGCUGAACUGGGAUGCCCAGGAGUUCCGGCCCAGGUUGCAGCUGCAGCGGGCGACCGGAGGCUCAUCGAUUCAGCCGGAGCAGCGGGAUGAGACGGAGCAGCGGGAUGAGGUUGAACAGCUGGAGCAGCUGGAUGAGUCGGAGCAGCUGGAUGAGUCGGAGCAGCUGGAUGAGUCGGAUCAGCUGGAUGAGUCGGAUCAGCUAGAUGAGUCGGAUCAGCUGGAUCAGCUGGAUCAGCUAGAGCAGAUGGAUCAGCUGGAUCAGCUGGAGCAGAUGGAUGAGGCGUAUCAGCUGGAUGAGAUGGAGCAACCAUAUGUGCCAGUUGAGCCGGAGUACUUUAACGGAGAGACCAGAAUGAGCAGGAGACGUCGUCGUCAGCGUUUUCGGCGCCUGGUGUCGAUGCGCAUUCAAAAGCGAAUUGGUCAAGGAUGGCCGGCCACACCCUCUUACCAAAGCAACAGUGUCCCGGCUCUGGCAGCAGCACCUCGUCCUUUUCCCCCUCGUCCUCGGCCGCUGCCGCCGCCGCCGCCGCCCUAUUAUUGCCCUCAACCGGUGGACAACAUGAUGCCGCCGCCCAACAUCCAUGUGACUGUCGGCAACGAUGCGCCGUCCUUGAUCUACUACCAACCGCUGUCGGGGCACAUUUGGAGCGUGUCCUCGCCACCAGGGCAGAUGCCCAUCGACAUACGGAGCAGGAAUGCCAGCCAGUCGGUUUUUCGGCUUGCCAGCCUCCCGUGCACCGGUGUGGGCACCCCCGCUACGGAUAUCUCUACCGCAUGGUCAUCCCGCCGCGCCCCAUCCAGUUCCAUCUCCUGCCGCAGCCGCAGCCGCAGCCACCGCCUGCCGUCCAGUAUCUCCUGCCUCAGUUCGGAGGAUCAAGGGCCGGAUUUGGGUAUCAGCCAGGAUUUGGCUAUCAGCCAGGACAACGAGGACCUUUUGUACAGCAGAACACUGUUGGAUAUGGAUACCCAGGUGGAGGAGCUGGAGGAGAACCAGGACCAGGAGGAGGAGGACCAGGAGGACCAGGAGGAGGAGGAGGAGGAGGAUCCCCGGGAAUGGGAAGCGCAGCUGCUCGACGGCCCAGAAGGCGAAGAAAUCGCCGGCCGCGCCGAUCGCGCCGAGCCCCACAAGAUUUUCCGUGCACCGGCUGAGCACGACCAGGAGUACCCCUCGCCGGACAUGAACUGUGUGCCGCUGGGCGUGAAGAAGCUGCAUCGCCUGAUCACCGGGUCGUACUCCGACUACGCCUUCGUUUACGCCCUGAGUGCCCAGCUCGGCCAGGAGUGCAUGCCCAUGGACUGCUAUGUGUACCUCAAGAUGAUGCUGCUGGCCAGCAUCGUUUCGAUUGAGCCGGACGAGCUGCGUGCCCCCAUCUCGCUGUGCGUCAUUGCCACCGACGGUGUGAUGGCCAAUCGUUUGAUGCACCACGUGGGCCAGCUGGCGCCACGUUUCCUGGGGCCACACGACUAUGGACUGCAGCCGGGAUUGAGUGGCCUGCCCACCCGGUUCCCCUGGGUGGUGGCCAGUCCGCUGCUGAUGGCCCAGCAGGGCGUCUACUACGUGGGCGACUGGACGCGUCUGGCCAAGGAGCAGGGCAGCCAGCUGGAGAAGUGCAUCGAGAAUGGAGCGGUGCCGGUGCCGCAGCUGCAGAUCGAGCAGAACUUGGAGGCAGCCAUCUGGACGCACUGGCGCCCCGAGAAUUCCACCAAUCAGACACUGGCUUUGGCCAAAUUGUGCCCCAUCUUUGGGCUGCCCAUUUAUAUGGGCGAUCAGGUCAGCGACAGCCUCUGGAACUUCAUCAUCCAGCAGCACAGCGAUGAGGGACCGAAUGUGGGUCACGAUGGCCUCAACAUUCCCGAGGACGACAUGCGGAUGCUCCUGCACCUGCUGCACCACCGCAAGAUCUCGUUUCGCGGGCGGGCCCAGUACAUGCUGCAAAAGUAUUAUGUCAUCUCCAGACAGGAGCGACCGACCGUCUUCACCAGCAAGACGUACAUUGUGCUGAAACAGUUUGCGGAAUCCUUCGCCAAACUGGCCCUGCGUCUGGAGGUCCUCGAAUCGGACGUUUGUGUUGCCAUUUUCCACUGCGAGCACUUCGUGCAGCGCAUGUUCGGGAGCAAGUCGGAGCAGCUGGCUCCGCCGGCGGUGAUCGCCUUCAGUGUGAUCUCCCGCAUCGAUCCGUACAUGAACGAGUUCGCCCGCUGGCUGCUGCAGUAUCUGGAUCGCUACGACGACGAGCAACUGGGGCUGCAGGUCGCCAAGCGGCGACGCACCGACAGCUGGGACCUGCCCUAAAUUGCACUCCACUUGGGCACUGCUCUUAGUCGCCAACGACGAUCGCCAUUGAUUUGGAUCCACUCCUAGGUUUAUAGACAUCACACGCUCACCCAGUUAUAUUUUGAAUACCUUUGUAGUUUUGUAUGGAUGAAUUUACAAAACUUGUGUUUGUAAACAAAAUUGGCGCUGAGGCCAGACAAUAGUGCCUCUAAAGUAUAUUCACCAUUUGCUCACAACAAACAACUGCACCAGAAAAUGUUCAAGAGCAAAGUCUAAAUUUAUAAACAUUUUCACCUUCAUCCCUUAUAUUUUCUUGAUACACUUGAUACAUUCGGUAUAUGUUUUGUACUUAUCGCCUGGCAAUCGUUCUUUGCGCGAUAAUCAAAUAACUAAGUUUGCAUAAUCUUGUAGCCGUUUGUCAUCUCACAUUAUUUGCUAUGUUUUGGUAAUCAAAAUUGUUUUCGUUUCAAUAAUUAAAUUAAAUGUUUGGCCAAACAAAUAUAUAUAUUUGAUUUUAAAUCAUAAUAUUCUAAUAUUUUAAGCCAUGUGAUAAUAUAUAGUAUUUUCUUAGAAGAAGAAAUCCACAGGUUAUUUUCGUAAAAACUCCCAAAGCUCUAAUCCAAUCGUAAAAUAUGAGACUAAAUAAUGCAUUUACAAUAAAAAACACAAAAGGUGAACAAAGUACUUCAAAAUCAUAAAAGGUUAAACGAAGAACUGUAUUAAAAAAAAAAAAUAUGAAACUAAAAAUUGCAUUUACAAUAAGAACACAAAAGGUACCUUCAUUUAAAUUUUUUUUUCCAUUCAACAUGAAAAGUUACAAAAUGUAACUAAAUAAUGCAUUUACAAUAAAAAACACAAAAGGUGCCUACAUUUGGAGUUGUUUUUUCCAUUCAACAUGAAACAAAAUGGUUGAAAAGUUAAAAAAUGAACAAAGUACUUCAAAAUCAUAAGAGGUUAAACGAAGAACUGUAUUUAAAAAAUAAAAAUAUGAGACUAAAAAUUGCAUUUACAAUAAGAACACAAAAGGUACCUUCAUUUAAAAUUUUUUUUUCUAUUCAACAUGAAAAGAUACAAAAUGUAAAUAGUACUUCAAAAUCAUAGAAGGUUAUACGAAGUAUUGUAUUUCAAAUAAAAAAACUUGAGACUAAAAAUCGCAUUUACAAUAAGAACACUAAGAGUACCAACAUUAAACAUGUUUUUCAAUGACUACAUAAAAAAAUGAAUACUUUCAAAAACCAUUAAAGGAUAUACAUUACUGAUGUAUUUAAAAAAAUUAACUUUGGGAUUUCAACUAAUUUAACGCUUUAAAAAAUAUGUUCCUUCACAUUUC